GAAAAGAUGACGCUAACCAUUUCCGUGCUUCUUUCUAUUGUCGUCUUUCUGCUACUGGUCUCCAAAAUCCUUCCACCAACAUCCAGCACCAUACCCUUGAUGGCAAAGUAUCUUCUGCUCACUUUCGUGCUCAACGUCAUCACUAUCCUAGUUACUGUGAUCAUCAUUAAUGUCUAUUUUCGUGGUCCAACCACACAUCGAAUGCCAAAAUGGGUGCGAAAGCUAUUUCUUGAGUGGAUGCCUCAUGCAAUGUGUAUGCAACGACCGAAAUCCCAGGUGAGAAAACCGAUACCUGAACCUGCACCGCCUGAAAUCACUCAAUUACCCGGUUUGGGACGUUUCACCAUCAACCCGGCCGAGCAUCAUCCAUUCUGUCCAAGUGCUGACGAAAAGUAA